AUGAGAGUCUUGCAUGGAACCAUCCGGUUUUGCGGAGAUAGCUCAGGUGCCUUGGUGCGAGUCCUGCGCCGAGCACAGAACGACCUCCGGGCGCUCUGGGGACACGUGGGGAUCAAGGUUGGUCUCGCGGUGCCAGCAACUGGAAGUCUGGACUGGGAGCUUUUGGUGCUGGAUGCUGGAAAGGUGUCCAUGCUAUCCGCAGCACGGCUACGGCGUGGUGAUCGCAUCGUACGCGUGGCGGAGGUGACAGAGCUGCGCGCAAUGAUCGUGCGGCUUGCUCUGCUGGAUUCUUGUGGAGAGGCAGAACCACAGGCAGUGGAGCUGGAGGUUGAGUUCCGAACUUUGGCAGAGGCUGCAUCCGUGGCCGAGACGGCUAUGCCACUAAAGUGCCAGGGACUUGACCUGUCCGACUGGGAGGAGGACGACCUCCCCUCGCUGCCGAGCUACUCAGACAGCAGCCAGAGCCUGGAUGUGCUGGCUGGAGUGGGCGAGAGCCGUGAACGCUCCAUGAUGAUUCGGCUGAGGAGGGUGAUCCGCAGCCUCCGGCAAGCUGAGAUCCAGGUGCUGUUGGACAAGAUGAUACUGCAGGGGGAGCCCCUGGUAUCUGGAUCCACCCCGGACCCCACGGAUGGAGCAAUUGCCCUUGAGGUGGAGCGGCUAAGCCAGACUCUGCUGCAUGUGGCAGGUCUGGAGGGCCUCGAGGGCCAGACUGAAGUGCAGAAGGCUGGUGGCAAGCAGCUCUGGAGGGCCCUGGUGGAUGGCCGCCAAGGUGCCGACCGUGUUGGGGCCGCCGUGGACCAGGACCUACCAGUGCCCGUCAGCAGCUUGUGGUCGGAGGCGCUUCUGAGGGUCGCGAUCGAGGCGUUGGAGCUGCGGCGAGAGGAGCUCACAUCCUAUGCCGAGAUGUGGUCAAUGCGUCUCAUCGAGGCAGAGCAUUACAAUCAGCUAGAUGAGAUCGAUGAGACCAUUGGCUGGGUUGCCCAGCAGAUCGAUUGCCUGAAGGCCAAAGCACAGCAGUCACUGCUCCUGAAGCGUGUGGAGGCAGAGGGUGCAGACCGGCCGGCGUCGUGCCUGUUGGACACGAGCUACCCGAAGGACUCCAAAGUGAGACCUUCUCCGCUAAAAUUGCGAUGGGCCAUGCUCAAGAAACCUGCACGCGACCUUGUGCGUGAAGUUGCACGUCUGAGACCUGUGCGAACGCAGAAGGCGCCGGAAGCGAAGACUUCGCAAGAUCACUGGAAUCCUGCUCCUGGCCAGCUCUUGAGUUUCCAGCAGUGGCUUCAAAGCUCAGCCGGUCGUUCGGUGGUGGAGAGGUACCGUGGACAGCGAAGUUGA